AACACAAAGAACAUUUUUUGAAUCCGAAAAAUAAAAGUUACAUUAGAAGGAAAUAUAGGAAGAACAACAAUUUGGAGCAAAAAGCAACAUUUUAAGUAAAACAUAGCAAAGAUGACUUAAAUUUGAAAGACCUGGCAACCCGGCAACAAAACUAUGAGGAAGUGAAACAAGUUUCACUUAUGCCCCAGCGUUAUAUAUCAUCAAAACAAACCCUAGAAGAGAAAGAAAGGUAUGUUUCGACGCAAAGGAUCUGACUUAGCUUACAAAUAUAAAUAUAGGAGAAUUGUGUUCCUCGAAGCAUUUGUAUUGAAACGUAAGCCAGAAACAUAUUAAGGUGGUAUCAUUUAUAUAUUAUUGCACAUCUAACAAUAAAACAGACAGGAUCAAUGUGAUCAUGUAAUGGCAUUGUUUAGAAAACAAGAAAUAAAAGUCUAAAAAGGAAAAUGUCAGAUCAAAGGACACCGCAUCACAUGGCGGUGCAGGGAAGAAAUUCCCCUACAUCUAAUCCCGACACCAGGCUAUCUGAGAUAAGGAUGGUUAUGACUGGGGGUCGGCAGUUAAUGGGAGUAGAAGCAAGUGGAAAAAGUUCAGCAGGAAAUAUCAUUUUGGGGAGAAAUGCUUUUGAUACCAGUAGAAGAACUGCACGAUCUGUUCAAGCUACAGGAGACGUACAUGGAAGACAUCUGACUGUUGUUGACACACCCGGCUGGUGGUGGCAUUACUCUGUGGAAAUCACUCCCAAGUUCGACAGACGGGAACUCAUAAGAAGCCCAACACUUUGUCUUCCAGGACCUCACGCCUUCCUUCUUGUCAUACCUGCAGAUUUAGCAUUUCCAAGUGUCUACAGAAUAACUGUGGAAGAACAACUGAAGUUUUUGUCUAAGGAGGUCUGGAGACACAUUAUUGUGUUGUUCACUUCUACUGAGCCAGCAUGUGAUGAGAGCUCUUUGAAAAGCAAGAUUAGAAAAUGGCCAGAUCUCGAACAGCUGUUAAAGAGAUGUCACAACAGAUACCACAUUCUUAAUAUUAACAACCAGAGCGACAACACUCAAGUUAUCACGCUGCUGGAAAAGAUUGAGAAAAUGGUGGCGCAAAACAAUGGUCAUCACUUUAAAAUUGGCAGGAACAUCUAUGUAGCGGAUGAGAGAGAGAAGGAAAAUAGAGAAAGAGCAAAUCAAAGAGUUCUUGCUGUGAAGAGGCAAAGAGCUGAACUCAGAGCACGGUUUAGAGAUGGGCCACAACAUCUAACUGAUGUAAGGAUUGUGAUACUUGGAGCAGCAUGGGCUGCAAGGAGCUCUGCAGGCAACAUCCUUCUGGGAGAAGAAGCUUUUAAUGUUGACGAUUCAAGAACAACAGUGUGUUGUGAGGUAAAACAUGCUGAAGUGUACAAGAGGAAGUUGACGGUGGUCGACACUCCAGGCUGGUACUGUAACGUUCAUGUUGAGAGCACUUCAGAGCUGGACAAAUUGGAGAUUAGACGUAGUGUAUGUUUAUGUCCGCCUGGUCCCCAUGUCAUUAUACUAACUGUUCCAAUUGCCAUAACUUAUGACAAGACUUAUAACAAGGUUUUGGAAGAACAUAUGGAUAUCUUAGGGAAGAAGGUCUGGAAUCACACAAUCGUGCUGUUUACCCGAGGAGACUGGCUGGGUGAUACAAGCAUUGAGGAACGUAUUGAAAACGAGGGGAAGCAACUGCAGUGGCUUAUUAAAAAGUGUGGGAACAGAUAUCAUGUCUUUAACUGUAAGCAGCACACUGACAACACACAAGUCCUGGAACUGCUUGCAAAAAUUGAGGAAAUGGUGAUGGAAAACAAUGGUUGUCAUUAUGUACCAGAAACAGACAGUAAUCCAUCCACAGAGCUUGAGCUAAAGAUGGAAACUGCAAAAAGAAAGAUGAUGAAAGUGAGACGGCAAAGAGAUAUCCUUCAAGAACUGCUAAAGGAAAGGAACUACACUCUCUCAGAUGUGAGGAUUGUGCUUCUUGGAGGAGGAAGAGUCGGAAAGAGCACGUCAGGAAACAUUAUUCUGCAAGGGCAUUUUUUUGAGAAGACGCCUGAAGAGGAUUUUAUUAUCCACACAAGAACAAUCCAAUGUGUGAUGAAACAAGGGCAAAUUGAAGGAUGUCAGGUCUCAGUGGUUGACACACCAGGAUGGUCCACAUCAACUCUAGAAAAUGAAAACGAAAUCUUACAUAGUCUGACGGUUUGUUCUCCAGGUCCUCAUGCAUUUCUGCUAGUGUUACCUGUGCAUGAAUCCUUUACAAAAAGAUCACGACAAACAGUGAAGGACCUCAUGAGCCUAUUUGGUGACAAUGUUUGGAAGCAUACUAUAAUAUUAUUUACUUAUGGACACUGGUUGAGGGACAGACCGGUUGAGGAGUACAUUGCAUGUGAAGAAGAAGCUCUACAAGACUUGAUAGAAAGAAAGUGUGGCAACAGAUAUCAUGUGCUAAAUAAUGACUGGACAAAUAGACUUCAAGUACAAAGUCUGCUGAAGAUGAUAGAACAGAUGGUGGCUAGAAACAGAGGUGAAUACUUCACUUUAGAAAACAAAGCAAGCAAGCCAACAACAACAGAGGAUCAGAUGUUUAAUGAGACCCUGGAAGAGGAGUGGAAAAAACACGAAGAUGAACUCAUAGAGAGGAUGCUGGAGGCAGCAACAGUGGAUCUCAACAAAGAAUCCGAGCAGUUAUAUCAUAAACGAAGAGGAAGCAUUGAAUGCUCAAUCCCAAAUAUGAGUGGAGAUUCACUGUUAGAUGGAACCAGUUCAUAUGGAGCUGAUACCCUGGAUCCUACUGACAAAGUAUGUCAAUGGCUCAGACCAAGACAUGCAGCAUCAUCUGGACACGGCACCAUGAGCACUACAUCAAGUUUUCAAGAUCCGAACAGGGAAUGUCUGAAAGAUGAUAUUCCAAUUCACAAACACAAUCCCAAUGACAUGGACAGUCUGAAAUAUUUCAAUAACACGACCGAGCAAAAGCAUACAAGAUCAUUUUCAUUUUAGACAUUUCCUGUUUAUUGCAUGGUUAACUAUGGACCAUUUUAUGUACCAGGGGUUGAUGAAGACAUAAAUUGUAAUAUUUGUGUUUAAAGUCAAAUUUAAAUUGUCUUUAAUGGGGUGCCCAAACUCGCAACAUCUGCAAACAUCUUGUUAAAAGCCUUGAUAGCUUUUCUUCAAUGAUAAAGUGUCACGGUCCUACCUUCUUGUUUAUGAAUUCCUAGUCAUGUGGCAGGAUCGGGACAGAGCCCUUAGGUUUUAUGUGGAGAGAAUCAUAUUAUUGUCUAUCUUAACAAAAUAUGCGUUCUCUCCGGUGUCUUGUCAUUGGCCCCGCCCCUCUCGUUUCAUGUAUUGCCUCCCUGCCGUGUCUUAUGUUCCACACCUGCCCUCGCUCGUUAUCCUUCAUUUGUCUUACCUAUAAAUGCCCUCAUGUUUCUUUGUCUUGUGCUCGUGUAUUGUGUAUGUUCAUGUUCAUGUUCAUGUUCAUGUUCAUGUUCAUGUUCAUGUUCAUGUUCAUGUUCAUGUUCAUGUUCAUGUUCGCAUGUUCGAAUGUUCGCAUGUUGUUGCCCAAAAGCCUGUUUCUUGCCCUGUCCCUGAACUGUGAGUUUUGUGUUUUUUGCCUUAGUUACCCUGCUGUGUGUUUAGACAUUUGGUCAUGUUUUUAGUUUAGUUUUGCUAUUCUUGUUUUACGUUUUGCCCCCAUGUGGGAAGUCUUUUGUUUGUAUUCAAUUAGUUUUGUCAUCCCCAUCGUGGGUGUUUUGUUUGUGCAGUGUUUUGUGUAAAUAUAGUAUUAUUUUGUUAACCCCUUCAUCCCCGCUGCCUGCGCUUGGGUUCUUCCACGCCACCUUACCUGCCGUGACAAAGUUAGUUAUUUUGUAACCAAGGGUAUCACUGUGUAACUGAGGAGCAUGCUUGAGAUGAAAUUGGAUAUAUAUUGUCAUAUGUUAACAAAAUACAAAAUUACUCAAGCUUGUUGUGUAAUGUUGAGGCUAAUGUAAGAUUCACCUACUCUUAUUUUUAAAUAGUUAAAUUACUGUUCAUUGCAAUAAAAGUAAUUGUC